GGUUGCGCGAGGGCUGCAGUUUCAGUUUGUUUUAUUCACCAUUUUGAGUCGCUGAAGGUAAAAAAUAAAAUUAAAUUCAACACAAAUCCUUCAGUACCACGGAGACGUUUUACUCUUUUAGUUUUGUGACCGGGAGAGGAAGGGGGUCGGGGUUUUUUUUUCUCCAAAGCGACGUCGCAUUCAGCCUCUCCGUUCGCUGGAAAACCAUUUUUUUUUUUGCUUUUUAUUUUCUUGAUUAUUUUGCUCGUUUAGCAGCCGUUUUGACGUCCAGCAGCGUUCCUGCAGAGAAGCAGAAAAAAUGUCAAGACCAGUGAGGAACCGGAAGGUGGUGAAUUAUUCGCAGUUCAAUGAAUCUGAUGAUGCAGAGGAGUACGAGAGAGACUCCGAAAAGCCCAAGAAGGUGCGCGCAUCCCAGCGCGAAAUCAAGCACAAGAAGUCCAAGAACUCGAAGGAGGAGAGUGACGAGUCCGACGACAAACUCUCCAAAUCCAAAAAUGAUUCAGCAGAUGAUUUUGGUAGUGAUGAAGACAAUGACUUUGGAGAAGAGGAGGAGGAAGAAGAUGGAGGAAGUGAUUACGAAGCUAAAAAGGGUAAAAAGGGGAAGAAGGGCAAGGUGGAGAAGGCUGGCAAAAGGUCACUGAAGAGAAAACGAGAUUCAGACGAUAGUGACGAGGACAAAGGGGUGAGCAGGAAGCCGAGGCAGGUGAGGCAAGCUGCCUCUAAGGCCGCAUCCAAACAAAGAGAGAUCCUGCUGGGAGGUGGAGGAAGUGAAGAUGAGGAUAAAGAUGAAGAAGAGCAGGCCUUCUUGGACCAAGAAUCUGGCAGCGACGAAGACUUCAUGGUGGAUGAUGACGAUGACAGCGAUUAUGGCCGUUCCAAAAAGAAGGGCAAGAAAGUGGCCCCGAGAGGGCGGAAAGUAGAGAAGAAGGAGAAGAAAUCUCCUAAGCCCAGGCUAAAGGCUACAGUCACCCCCAGUCCCAUGAAGGGCAAGGGAAAGGGUCGCCCCAGCGCGGCUAAAGCCCUGGAGAAAUCCUCGCCCAAAGAGGAAGAGGAGCCCGAGAGCCCCGUGGAGGACGAAGAGGAAGACGAGGUGGAGAAGAAGGACUCCCCGCCCCCAGCCAAGAAGAAGGUGGACGCCCCCGAGGACGAGGAAGACGACGAAGAGGAGGACGGUUCGGAAGAAGACGCUCCGUCUGGGGAAGACUAGCCAGGUUCUAAAUGGCAGCCCCACAUCUCUCCUUUCUCUUUCUCUCGUUAUCUCCCCCACUUUCUUUCUCUGUUGCUUUAUUUCUCCUCCGAGGGUUUUGUUUUCAGCGUCUGUGGUGACCUGGCUCAACGGUUUGAACUUUUGAAUUGUGUAUUUUUGUUUUUGUUUUUGUUUUUUUUUUUGUUUUUUUACAAACCUAUAAUUUCCAUAUCAGCUGCAUUGUCCCAGGACACAUUAGACCCUUAUGACAUGUAUGUGUGCUAGAGAAUGUGACCGAAUUGGUUUUAUUUAUCCGUAUAAAACUGAGGAUCCCCCGUGUUUUAGCUCAUCCACUGAAAAUGGGUUGCUGCUCUAGAUGGUUAGUGUUCUGAUUCUUACAGUUUUCUACUAAAGUCCCUAUUCGCUCACCCGUUUUACAAGCUCAGAUUUAUUGAAGUCUACUAGAGUGAAUGUCUUGAACGAAUCAUGCACAGGAUAUUCUGAUAUUUUCUUUGCUCUGCCCAUUAAGUCGAGUGUGUUAGCAGAUAAAACAGUGUCACUUGCCGUAGGAAAGAACUCGAGCCAGGAUUAGGAAACACUGGUGGCUCAUUUUGCUCUAAAGUGAAUCCCAGUGAACUCAAGUUUGCUACAUACACUAUUUUAGAUUCCAGUUUUGUUUUUAUUGUUUUCGUUUUUUUUGUUUUUUUGUUUUUUUUGAUCUGAAUGAUCAAUGACGGAUCAGUGACCGGGGACCCGGACAAAGAAAUUUUUUAUAUUUUUUUUUUGACCUAGUUUUUUUUACUUUGUGCCCCCAGAGGGCUCCAAAUCCGGACACCGAAUCCAGCUUCCUGUCCUGCGUUUUGUAGCAACUGUUGAUGUAACUAAUUGGCCAACUAGUGCUCACCUACCAGUGAUUACAAAUUCCAGCACCGGGACCUGGAUUCAGGAUCCAGAUUUGAACGCCAUCCUCUUUCUAGUGGCUUUCAGUGUUUGGAAUCGGAUCACGUCUGCUUCACAGAUGAGGUUUCUGUUCUCGUGUUGAGGUUGCUUUUGGCAAGGUGCCGUCACUUUAGCCAUCAUCUCAACGGUUUUCAUUUUCUCUUUUUUUAAGAAAACUUU